UGGUUCCAGAUCAGUGCGUUUAACAGAUUAGGAAGCAGCACUGCCUUUAUUUUCAUUCUCUGCAAUUUCCAAUCCUUUUAUUUCAAUCCCAAUUCUUUUCACCCUCUCAGGCUCUAACGAUUUUGGUUUUUCUUUGCCCUCUUUCAUUUUUUUGUUCGUUUUAUUUUUAAUUUUGAUUCUUUGCAGGUAACCCAGAUGGGAAAAUCUUCUUCUUAUAAGAAAAAACGCUCCAAGAAUUCCUCUCAGGGUCGAACAAGGAAGAGAGAUAAGAGUAGGAGUAGGAAAUAUGAUAAAUCCAAGAAGCUUCGUCGCCGUGAUGAUUCUCCUUGUUUGGGUGAUGAUGAUUCGAGAAGUUCCAUGUCAGUUUCAUGUUCUAGUUCUGAGGAUAACUAUAGAAGUAGAAGGGCUCGGUCUCGUUCUCGAAAAGUUGUGAAAGGCAGUAAGAAGAAGGCCCGAAGGCGCUCUCAUAGCCCCGAGAGUAGGGAGGAGAGUACGAAGAGGGCUCGAAGGCGCUCUCAUAGCCUUGAAAGUAGCGCGGAGCCUCCUCGUGUGAGGAAAAGAAUUGGUUCAAAGAGAAAGAAUGGUUCUGAGGUAGGGAGGAAGAGGACCCACAAGAAGAACAAGCCUAGGAGAGAAGCUAGUGUAAGUUCCAUGAGUAGAGCGUCGAACAGCUGUGAAACUUGUUGGGAUAGGAGUACUAGCAGUCAUGAGAGUGAGUUUGAGAAGCGUAGGGGCCGGUCUGAAAGAAAAGACAAAGAAAAAAGGAAAUUGAAGAAGGUUAAAAGUGGAACCAAAGAGAGAAGAUAUAGAUCAAGGAGUCAUUCUUCAUGCAGUCGGAGUAGUGAAGGUAACAAAUACCUAGAUGAGGAGAAAAAGGCUGGUGAGAACAAUGUGAAACGUCUGAGAUCAGUUAUUACAGUUAUGGUAGAGGAAAAAGACGGCAGUGUGGCAAAUAAGGAUGAGCACAAAGAAGAGAUUGUAUAUGAUAAUGAUGAUUAUCCUUCUUGCAGAAGCAAUGAUAGUAAUGAUGGGGGGCAUAAGAGGGAGUUAGAUCAUCAGUCAAAUGUUGCAUCUGAGAAGAAAAUGAGGGUGGAGAAUGAGGAAGGAGAAGAACUUGUUGGCACUGAACUUAUAGAAAGUGGAAGGGAAGUUGAGGGGCGAUACAUUGGGAGUAAUCCUAGCAGCAGUGGUGUUGAGACAAAUGAUUUUGUGAAAGGAAAAGUGACUGGGGUCACUGGUAGCGUGAAUGGUGAUGAUUUGGAGUCAAUUUUAAGACAAAGGGCUUUGGAAAAUCUAAGAAGGUUUCGAGGAGGGCUCCAAACAAAUGCAAAUGCUCCUGCUAGUAAGAAAGAUGAGAGUGAUGGUGACAUGAAACAACCAACCACUGCAAAAGCUGAUUUAGUUCAAAUUAAGAUCCCCAAGGAAGAUGGUGCUGAAUCGGUUGGUGCAACCCAAGAACUAAAAGAAAUCAGUGUGCCUGCACUGAGGAGAGAUUCCGACUGUUAUUUACCAGAUGAUGAUAAGACUCCGAACAGGAAGGAUGGUGGCCAUGAAUCUGGGUCUGCCAAGCAGGAACUUGCUUGUGCACCUGAUCAGGUGGCUCUUGCUGAGGAGGAGAAUGAAAAGGUUAGCUCAGCUGUUGGUUCUGUAAUUAAUAGACCAAAGUUGGCUACACCAGCAUUGAGGCAUUAUUCAUUAAAAACCCACAACCCUCUGAAGCAAACACCCGCUUCAGAUGAACUUCAACAAGCAAAUUUGUUGAUGACUGACUCUGAGAGUGCUUUAGUUAAGCAUUCUGCAAAAACUGCUCAAACUAUGACCCCAAGUAGCAAUUAUAAUGAAGACUUAAAAGAUGCAUGUGGUUUUACUGCUUCUGAGUCUUCUUCUUGCAUUAAGUCUAAGCUAGCAGAGAAUGGUUCAAAUAAACCGCAGGAUGAGACUACAGACAGCUCACAGUUUGAGCAGAAGACAAUGACUGUAAUGCGGGGUGGUGAGAUGGUGCAGGUGAGCUACAAGGUCUAUAUUCCAAAGAAGGCGCCUGCUUUGGCUAGGAGGCAACUCAAGCGCUGACAUUGGAAUCUUCAACCAGGGUUCUUUUCUGAGAGAGCUUUUCAACCCCAGAGGAUGGUCAUAUUGCUUGCUUGCUGCCUCAUCGAAGGAGGGCAUCCGCUGAGAGAUUAUGAGGGAAUAAGAAGCCUCUGAUAAAGUGACUAGUGAUUUUUUUUUUUACCAGCACCUGAAGCCCUCAAAAUUCUUGGUGCAGUAUUUUAAUGUAAUAACUGUAGGCAAAAAUGGUGGCUACUGUUGUCAUAUCAAUGACCCUAUCUUCCUGUUAGUUUAUAUUAGAAAUAAUCUGUUCGCAUUAUUACUUCCUCGAGUUUUUAUUAGAAAUAAAAAAGAAAAGGGUUCUUAUCA